AUGCAUUGGUGGCAAAACGCCUCUUCUCAUUCUUCCUCAUCGUCUCCCUCCUCCGACGAUAAUUUUAUGAACCAUAACAAUGGUACUCAUGCCUCCAAACUUGCUUCCUUGUUCACCAAUUCCCAUGGCCAUGCUAAUAGUUUCGGCUAUAUACAGCGUCGCCGCCUCACUCGUGCCAGAAAGCUCCGACACCUCACCGACAACGACAUUGGCCACGCCCCCGCCCGCUUAAUGGUCAAGCCUGUGCCGCUUCCUCUUCCUGAAUUGGAUUUUCUGUUCAAACACGAUGCUCAUAAGAAAGCCGGUGAGAAGAGAGCAACCUCUAACAUUUAUGACGGCGAUAUUAAGGAAAUUCAACGAGCGGCUAGCGCAGAUACUCUGAGGGAUAGAGAGGACGUUGUAUCUCAGAAUGGCGGAGUUGUUUUAAGAAAUAGACAAACGCACACUGGUUCUUUCAGUGCCCCAGCGAGUCCCGUAUCAAGUCCAGUCAACUCACCAACAAGUACCACUGAGAUGUUUUUGCCUUACUAUAUGCCUCCUCCAACACUUCAAAUAUGGUCUGCACGAGAGAACCCUAUUCCAGAUAUAACUCCAGGUGCUGUAAAUGUUUCUUGGAAGUUUCCUGAUGCAUACCUUGUUGGCAGUUCAUCUACUAGUAGUCCAAGGCAAAAGACUGGUGUCAGAAGUUCUAUAAGAUCAAACUCCUCAUUGCAUAAGAAUAUGGCCAUUGAAAAUACAAUGGGCCGGCGUGACAGCAAUGCGCAGGCCAUAGCCCACCCCUUGCCUCUCCCUCCUGGAGCCACCAUGCCUCCGCCUUCUUCCCCUCCCCAAGUUAACAGUAGACCUGAUUCGAGGCCAACAACACCAAGGCUAAGUCAAUGGCAAAAGGGAAAGCUCCUCGGUUGUGGAACAUUUGGAAGUGUUUAUGUUGGCUCUAACAGGGAAACCGGAGCUCUGUGUGCAAUGAAAGAAGUCCAACUAUUACCAGAUGACCCAAAAGCUGCAGAGUGUAUAAAGCAAUUAGAGCAGGAAAUUGAUGUUCUUAGCCAGCUUAAACAUCCAAACAUUGUGCAGUAUUAUGGUAGCGAAAUAGUCGAUGAUCGGUUUUACAUUUAUUUGGAGUACGUCCAUCCUGGUUCAAUCAACAAGUAUGUUCGUGAUCAUUGUGGAGGAAUGACAGAAUCUAUUGUACGCAAUUUCACACGCCACAUUGUUUCAGGACUGGCCUACUUACAUAGCACAAGGACAAUACACAGAGACAUUAAAGGUGCGAAUUUGCUGGUUGAUGUGAAUGGGGUCGUCAAGCUUGCUGAUUUUGGGAUGGCAAAACAUCUUAGCGGACAAGCUGGUCAUCUUUCUCUAAAAGGAAGCCCUUACUGGAUGGCACCUGAGCUCUUACAGUUAGAGACGGAGAAAGAUGUUGAUCCAGAUCUUGCUCUGGCCGUGGAUAUAUGGAGUUUGGGCUGUACAAUUAUUGAAAUGUUUGACGGGAAACCACCUUGGAGCGAGUAUGAAGGGCCUGCAGCCAUGUUCAAAGUCAUUAAGGAGAAUCCAUCAAUACCUGAGAAAAUGUCUCCGGAAGGCAAAGAUUUCUUACGUUGCUGCUUCAUAAGGAAUCCUGCAGAAAGGCCAACAGCUAGCAUGUUACUCGAACAUAGGUUCUUGAAAACCUCAAACGACUCACACGUUCCUUAUAAUAUAUCGAUGGAUAAAGAGCUUUUACAUCAAGAACUUGAUCGAUUGUUGGUUCCUGCAUGUACAUCUACCAGAUAA